UGGUUAUGAUCUUUUCGACCGAAAAGAAGGGAUAGUACGUAUUUUUCGUUGGGGAUUUCCUGGAAAAAGCCGUCGUAUCUUUUUACGAUUCCUUAUAAAAGAUAUUCAGUCCAUCAGAAUCGAAGUUAAAGAGGGUGUUUCUGCCCGGCGUGUCCUUUAUAUGGGAAUUCGAGGUCAAGGGGCUAUUCCUUUAAUUCGUACUGAUGAGAAUUUUACUACACGAGAAAUUGAGCAAAAAGCUGCUGAAUUGGCUUACUUCUUGCGUGUACCAAUUGAA